AAAGAAAUUCUUAUGGAUUUAUCAAAAGAAUUUGAUUCAUUUGCAAUCAGUUUAAUUAUUAUGGCCAUUAUAAUUGUUAUUGUCGGUAUAUUGGCAAUUAUUUAUCAAUGUCGUAUGUGGAAAAAAUCCAAAUCACAAUCAAUGAUUAUGAAAAAUAUCGAUACAAAUAGCUGGUUGGAAUAUAAAUUGGAUCGAACAAAAUUAGCUAAAUAUGAUGAUAGUUUUCGAUAUACACAUUCGAAUAAUAUGAUUGCUGCUGUUGAUGAUUAUGAUGAUUCACGAUGUUCAACAUUAUCAACAACAUUACCAUUGCCACAACGAUCAUCAUCAUUAUCAACAAAUAAUGAUGAAAUAAAAAAUCAAAAAAUUAAUAAUAACAAACAUAAACUAAUGAUCAGAUCCUGGUGUUGGAAUAAAUCAUUAUCCAAACAUAAACAACAGCCAAAUUCAUAUCAUCAUCAUCAUCAUCAAAAUCAUCUUCAUUCAUCAUCACCAACAUCAACAAACGGUCUAUUUGAUGAAUAUCAUUCAAAUGAUUGCGUGAUCAAAUCAUUCGGACAAUCAAAUGGUUAUUAUAAUCAAAAUAGAAUGAUGUUCUUUGCUACUGCAGAUAAUACUUUUCCGCAUCCGUAUCAUCAUCAUCAUCAUCAUCGUAGUAAUUUCAAAGCAUCUAAAUUAUUGUUGAACAAUAAUAACAAUAAUGAUUAUAACAAUCAUUAUUUGGAACAUCCAUUCAUGUAUAAAAAUAUGAUGGCCUCAUCAAAAAUGUUAACAUCACCAUCACCGUCAUCAUCAUCAUCAUCACCUAUUUAUGUUGUUGAUAUUCCAAAGAAAAUAUCAAACAAUCAUGAUAAUGAAAAAAAUAAAAUCAUAAAUAUUAAAAAGAAGAAAAUUAAUAAAAAAAUCAAAAACCAAAAGAAUAAAAAAACUAAAUCAUCAUUUACAUUAUUUGGUAAAAAACGUUAUUAUCCAAAUGAUUCGAAAAAACAACAACAACAAACAGAUUUACAGCCAUUUUUUUCAUCAACAUUAUCAACAACAUCAUCAUCAUCAUUGACAGCUAAAUGUAAGGAAAAGAUAAUUACGGAAAAGAAACAUAAUCAUAAUCGUUGUUCAUCAAUAAUUGAUGAUCGUGAUUAUGAAGUACAAACAGUUGAAAUGAAUUUAACCGGAUCGGAUGAUGAUGAUGAUGAUAAUUAUGAUUGUAUCGAUGGUGAUGAAAAACAACAAAAACGAUUAUCUACAAAUAAACAACAAUCAUUAUCGCCACCAUCACCUGUAGCCGCCAUUGUAAUGGAUAAACAAAAAACAAUGGCAAUGAAUAUUCGUCAACGACAACGACAGAAUCCGAAUCCAAAUCAUUUUAUCAAUAAAUCAAUGUCACAAUUAUAUUUGAUGAAAAAUAAUUUACAACAACUUAAUGAUCGAAAUCAUUCAUCAACAACCGCAACAACCAUAUCAGCUAAAAAUCCAUUAUACAUGGAACAUAUAACAACAAAUGAUGAAAUGAUUGAUAAUAAUAAUAUGAUAUAUGGUGGUGACAUACCAAUAUUUCGAUCACAAUCAUAUCAUAAUCUAACAACAAACAUUGCUAACAAUAAACGAUUAAUCAAUGAAAUCGAUUAUUAUCCACGACGAUCAUGUUGUACAACAUUUCAAAAACCUUUAACAGAUAUUGAUCAUCAUCAUUUAAUAUAAUCAUUAUUUUUA